AUGGAUGAUAAAGAGACAUCAAUGGUACCAGUAGUUGACAUCAGCGGUGUGAGUUUUUCUGACUAUGUUCAAGUGGAUGAAGAUGAUGCUAUCUCAGGACUAACCGAUGGCGAAAUUUUAUCUGCGUCAGAUACGAAUGAAAAGGGCAACGAUGAAGAUGAAGACGAUACAUCAGAACCUUUGACAGCGGUGUUAGUUAAGGUAGCAAGAGCCUCAUUCGAUAACUUACAAAGCUUUUAUCUACAAAACAAAACUGAUGAAACAGCAUAUCAGGCACUUCUUCUCAUUAAAAAAAUUAUUGAAAACUCUGAGCAGCUGCAAUGUGCUUCGAAUCAAACCCUUAUACGGGUAAUACCGCAUCACAAAAACAUCGGACACAAUACGUCAAGCAACACAAACAGUAUCAUACAACGCCGUCAUGGUGGUAGCCUCCGUUGCCCUACACACUCAAAUAGUGUUGGUGGAGAAGGUGCAAACCUCUCUGUCGGUCGGUCCAGUUCGUUUCGCGUGAACCGACCGCGCAAUCCAGCCGCCACAUACGGAAGUGGUGCUGGUAACAAAGGUACGAGUAACGGUAGCGAAGCUAGUGUUGGAAACAGCAUUUGCAGUAGCAUUAUCGCAUUAAACAGGGUAGGACAGAAUGCCGGCUCUAGCGGAGUUUAUAGCAAUGGAGACCAUACUGGUAAUGGCAGUAAUAGUGAAAGUGGGGGCAGUGGUAGUGGCAAUGGCAAUUUGUUUUGCAAACACAUCAAAUAUUGUUGUCUGCAUCAACAAUAUCCACCAACAGUACCGGGAACAGCAUCCCCACCACACCAGCAAUCGCAACCAAAGCAACAACAGCCAACACAACCGAAAUCACCUCAUAAGCACCGCUCGCCAAAACAAUCAACUCAAAUGCAGUUGUUGAGCUCAGUAACAGUGCCGCCGGCGGUAGGAGCAAUGGGCCAUUACCUGCAACAUGCACAUCACUAUCAAUCGACGGGAGGACCACAUGCAACGGAUUACAAAAAUGAUAUUAAUGGUAGUAUACGCUUAGGACCCGACGGUGAAGACAACAGUGGCGGUGAUGGCAGCAAGGAUCGGCAACAGUUUUUGCAUUCAGGACAACAACUACAACAGCAACACCCCCACCAUCAGCAACAACAACAACAACUUCCGGCAGUCCUACCGAAAAGGCACUCGGUAAUAUUGGAACGUGCGUUCGAUUUUGAUGCCAGUUGUGAGGAAAGUGAUACAAUAAGCUCCACUUCCUCCACAUCAACACCUGCUGAAUUAGCUUUGCCACCACCUCAGCAACCGUUAAGAAACACAACUACUGUACUGAAGCCUAUUCUAAAGAAACCAACAGCAGCUGCUCCACAAUACACACAACAACCACUUCUACCACUACACCAACAACAGUAUCAGCAGCAAGUGCAAAUGAAGACACUAAAAUCUACAGGACCAACGACAGCUAAGACUCAACCAGUGCCAUGCAGCAAGGAUCAAAUGGCGCUGCAUCGUACUCUGCCACAGCCUCCCAAAGGACUGGGCUUUGGGGCAUACCACACAAAAGAGGCGGUGCUGCAGCGCGUACAACAACAAAGUGGCCUAGCUUUUGGCAGUCGCACAAAUCUAAACACUCUAAGUAGCAUGUUAGGAUCAGCGAUAAAUCUCGCCGGAAUCGGAGGCGGUCUAUGUGCAAGCGCUACCAAGAGUGUUAGCAAUAACUCAGCUGUUAGUGCGUGUGUUGAAAUGUUGGGCGGAAGUGCAAGUGAUUCCGUUAGUAAUGAACUGCACUACAGCAGUAGUAAUUACAACUUUGACACACCAGCAAAAACUGUCACGACAACAGCAGAACAAUCCGUAAUUGUUGAAACAGGAAACAUGGUCCCGGAGCAAAGCACGACGCUUGCAGUGACUCCUGCUUGCUGUGCUGCUGCAACUACAACUGGUAACUCCACUAUUAACGUUACCAACAACAUAUCGUACAUAGACUUAAAUUCUCCUACCGCGCCCCUGCCUCAGCCAAAAGCAUCAGCAUCAGUAAAUAAAUUCAGUGAUCUAUUAAAAUCUGCAAGCGCGAAUUUUGCCAACUCUGCAGUUGCUCCGGAUAUUAGCGCAAGCAUUAAUAAUAACAAUCAUAAUGGCACUGCAGCUACUGCUAUUACAUUGUGCGCAACCGGUCGUAGUAAUGCCUGCACCAAGCGUGUCGAAAAGUCUCCAUUGCUCACUCGGCGACGCUCGUCAUCUAUAGUGACGAACUUGUUGGCUUCUGAUAUUAGUUAUAAACAUGGUGAGGGAACUACUCUAGCGGAUAUUACGAAUUUGCGAAAUAAUCAUACUACAACAACAAGCGGGAAUACAACAACUUUAACUCGCAGUGGUACACGUGACCGCAUUACGUUAGCCAAAUCGCCAGUGAGCGGCAAACCGUCACGUCUACCCUCUCUGCAAUCUAUGGUCAUUGAAAAUACCGGAAGUUUCAGCGGCGGUGGCGGUGUGCUCACUUUUCAACAGGUUAUAUCUGGAGCUGUCUCGCCACAGUAUUCCUCCAUCCCAGCGCCACUCUUUGGUAGUGAGGGUGGUGGAGGUGUUGGUGGCAGUAUAGCAUCAAAUAUAGAUUUGUUGGGUGUCUCAUCGUCGGGGCUCGCCUUCGUACUGGAGGACACAGGAACAAGUGUGAAGGAAACGGUCAGUGAUACACUGCAAGCAGGUGACUCGCCCACCAUGAGCCAUCCGCCUAUCAACAACAGCGACAACAACGGCUUGAAUGAUAAUCACUAUGAGUUAGAUAUAAUUCAAAGCGAAGGCGGUGUCGCAGGCGUAAGUGUGGACACUGAAUGUGUGCAUACUACUACAUCCAAUAUAUUGCACAGCAGCUCUUCAACCAUUGCACAUUUGCAGAGCAGUCGACACCGACAACGGAUGCGCACCUCCAGUAUGCCAGCAGAAAGUAGAAAGCCACGUCUCGCCGACACGCGACGUGCAGCAAUACACUGUGCCGACCUCGAUUUGGAAUAUUAUCGCCUGCGGAGUUUUAGCAUCACGUCGCAUGGUGUGUGCAAUUUAGGUGAUUCCCUGCGCCGGCGAUCACGUUCAAUAAACUCGGUCACAUCGACGGGCACUUCAAAUAGCGGCAAGGACCGAAACAACAGCAAUGCAUCGCAUACAUCCGGUGACAACAUUUUAGAGUCAACAGAGAAACAGGAUGCGAAUAAAGUACCGAUACCCGCCUAUAAAAUUGCUAUGCUCGGAACUUCUGGUGUUGGUAAAACAACAUUAACCUAUCAAUUCACAACAUCCGAUUAUAUUUGCGCCUACGACUUGAGUCUGGACGACGAUUACGGCCAAAAAACGGUAUCAGUACUUGUUGACGGAAUCGAGACGGACUUGGAAAUCAUCGAUCAUCCUGCAUGUGAAAUGUCGACGGAAGCCUUUUGUUCGACUUACAACAUUGACUUAUUUGUCGUUGUAUAUUCAGUGGUGGAUCGAAAUUCCUUCAAGGCGGCAGAGAAGGUUUUACAGUAUUUGAAGGAACAUGAAAUGUUGCUGACACGUGGCGCUAUUUUGGUGGGAAACAAAACAGAUCUGGAGCGACAUCGGGAAGUGAAUCGGCAAAUUGGUCGGAAACUGGCCAAAGAAAUAUGCUGCAAGUUCAUUGAAACCUCUUCCGGCCUAGAUCACAACGUCAACGAAUUACUUGUCGGAAUUGUUGCACAGGCGAAACUAAAUCCACAGCGCAUACGCAACCUCAGCGAACGUGAUCGUCAACGUCUCAGUCUACAAAGCGCAAUACAGAAACAUCGUCAAAUGCAUAUUGCACCACGUCGCAUGGUGCGUCAAGUGUCUAUGUAUCACCCUGACGAUGAUGCAACAGAGAAUGUAAACAAAGGCUUCAGUGAAAUUAAGGCGGGGAAUAAUUGCAAAAGCGGCGACAUCAUCAAUGAAAAUCAUCAACCAACUACCAAUGAGAGUACCGGCCCAAGUAGUGAGCAUACCGUCAGCAAAAGUGUCUGUUCAAUAGGGAUAGGAACAAAGCCAACUUCCACGACAAAUUAUAUACAUCAACGCUCCAAUAAACGUGCUCUCAAUCUGGAAAGUAUUCUCAAGAUGGGUGAGAGUGAGUUAGAAGAUGAAGAAGAGUCACAGCGGCAUCCAACAUUAUUCAAGCAACAGCAGCAAGCACACCCUUUAAGUAAAUUUGAUUUACUUAUAUCGGGCGGCAAAAAUAGUUUAAAUUCAUCGCCGAAGAGUCGCCGCUUUUAUGGUGGUGGCGCUGUAAGUGGUGCUAUCAGUGCUUUAACGAGGGGAAGGCGUUAUGUUAGCGAUGAUGCAAGCCAUGCAAAUUAUGCGGAAAGUAAUGAUCACUUGCUAGAUGAAGGAAAUCGCAAAACUGUAUCCAAAUUAACGAAUCGAACAAAAGUUUUCCUCUCAUCGGUGUUGAAGUUCAAAAAGGCGGUAAAUAUGCGACGUCGGAACUCCUCAAGUUGUAGUGACCUUUUCGUUAUAUAAAAGUAAAGGAAAGAAGCAAUCAAUGAAAAUAUAGCAGAGAAAUUAAUUUGAAUUGAAUUGUAAUAUAAGUCAGAACAGUGACAUGUAGAAUCUCUAAGCUAAAAACCAACUCCGGAGUUUGGUCCUUGAGUGAUAGAACUCUCACUGGAGUUCUGAAAUCUUUACUACACCUAGAUUUUCCACCACAUUUUUACACCUAAAACUGUACUAGACGAAUGUAAGCUGUUUCCGAUUCGCUGAUGAGAAAGCAAUAACAAAUUCAACUACUUCUUAAGCGUUGGUUCAUAGCUAGUUAGCUCGUAAGUAACUUUCUUAGAUCAGUUCUCUCAAGGAGGGAAAUAAGCCAAUUAUUUCCGAAGAUUUCUUUUUAUUUUUUGUAUUCUCUUUUACAUUUAAAACUUUAAAUCACUUU